UAUCAAUGCCUACUUCAACUAAAUCACUUCCCAAUUCCCAAUUCACCUUUUGACCCAUUUCCCACCUCCAUCAAUGGCGGUGGAGCUCCUCUCAGCCUGCACAAACACCCAACUCUCCGCCUCAAUGGACCAAGACUCCGCCGUCCAAGAAGCCGCCACCGGCCUCCACACCCUCAAAAACCUCAUCACAUUACUCUCUCACUCUCAUCCUUCAAAUCUCGACUCCGAUUGCCAAGCCGUCGCUAACUCCGCCGUCUCUCACUUCAAAAAGGCCAUUUCUCUCCUCGGCCGCUCACCCAGAACUGGCCACGCUCGAUUCCGUCGAGCCCCUUUGGAUUCCUCUAAAAUCUACAACGCCACGCCCAUUCAACAAAUCCCUCCGCCCGUUGAGCGCCUGGAAUCCGCCACCACCAUCAAUUUCUCGUACUCCUCUGCUCCAAAUGGCUCGUUUUUGACCUCGAUUCCUGGUGCCGACUCUGAAAUUAACCUCCAACACGAACCCUCUUCCUCUUCUUUUCAGAUUACUGAUCUUUCCAGAGCUUCUUCUGGUCUCAAGAGGAAGUGCGGGUCUGAGAAUUUGGGCUCCGGGAAGUGCUCUGUGUCCUCCGGUGGUCGUUGCCACUGCUCUAAGAAGAGCAGGAAAAUGAGGCUAAAAAGGGUGGUGAGAGUGCCAGCCAUAAGCUCAAAGAACGCUGAUAUUCCUCCGGAUGAUUAUUCAUGGAGGAAGUAUGGACAGAAGCCAAUAAAGGGUUCUCCAUAUCCAAGAGGCUAUUAUAAGUGUAGCAGUCUAAGAGGAUGUCCAGCUAGAAAGCACGUUGAGAGAGCCUCAGAUGAUCCAAGUAUGUUAAUAGUGACAUACGAAGGCGACCAUAAUCACUCGCAAUCUGUUGCAGAGGCCUCAAGUCUUAUACUCGAAUCUUGGUGAAAAAAAACCAAAGAACAGCGAAGAAUCUGUCUGGUUUCUUUUGAUUCAUACAGAAAAAAUAGGAAUUUGUAUCUUAGAUCUUUGUUCUUUGCUGUUUUUCAUGUAAACAUAUGUGGGGAACUCUCCAAAGAACAAAGAACACAAAAAGUUGGGAGUUUUAGUGGGUAUUUUAAAGUAAAAGAUAUGAAGAAGAUAAUGGAUUUGAUCUGAUUUGAUUU